CUCCUCGCCUUGUUUUUCUGAUAAUAAUUUGCACCGCGAUUCUGCCGCCGUUGUUGUGCCCGUCGCUGGACGUGCGUUUCAGUAAUUUCAAAAACUCUUAUUACCUAAUUUUUUUUUCUCCAUAGGCUCGCGUCAAGUGGCCCAAAUAUUAAUCUAAACUACCGUUCACAAUGCGCAUUAUUUUUUGGUUUUUAGACGUGAAAAAAUCUGUGGCCCGCAGUUGAUUUCCAAGAUUUAAAUCUCGUUGAGCAGCCUAAGAAAAGAAACCACCAAAACUAUGGCCGGGCCUCCGCCACCGAGUUGAAUCAGCAAUCCGUUUGGUAAAGACGUUCUAUAAUCGCCAUCUGACGGCAUUGCCACACGGCGAAAACUUGAAGUACGCGACAGAUGUUCAAUGAUUAACAUAUAUGGUAUGGACGAUGAGACGGAUCUCAGCGAGUCAUUGGCUUCCAAUCUGAACCACUCGCCGCACAGCUCGUCUAGUUUUUCCAAAUCGGAAGUCAUAUCCGGUAGUCAGAUGCUUGAUAAUUGGCUGGGCUUAAGCGUUCAUUGUACAUCGUCCAUUGAUGAUUACUGCGAAGGUGAAUUGGAGCAGCCAGAUUCCGAUCCGUCUCCAUCAACAUCUGGACUUUCAUAUGAUUUGACAGCGUUCCCAAAGACGACAUCCACAAUGUCUAUGUUUUAUCCACACUUAAAUGGUUAUGAUAUCCAUCCGUUGCUUAUAAAUCAAAAACGAAGACAAAUGGAACCACCAAUGAUCGAUUCAUUAAAUUUACCACCACAUCCUCUCAUUCCUGAUAUUCCGCGACAAGCUAUACAAAAAGCAAAGAUGCGGGGUAAAGCGACACACAGACAAUUGGAUUACACUAAUGGACAGUUACCAAACUGCGAUCAAGCUUUGAUUGUAGAGGCUGAUAGAUGCCAGCGUAAAUCGUUUUGCUGCGUGGCGUGCAGUAAAACUUUCAAAUUUCAGACAUCGUUGCUGAGACACAAUAACAAAGUACACAUUAGCAAGUAUCAGUGCCAGUCUUGUCAUCGUGUAUUUUCAAGACAGGCGUAUCUUGACGUACACACGUCCAAGCAGGGCAGUUCGUGUUAUUUGGGCAAUGGAUUUGCUGCUACCAUCAACAAAUCAAAAAAGUAAUUUAUUUGACCUUUGAAAACGCAAGUAAGAAAUUAUUAAGACAAAAUAAAUAAAGUUGUCAGUUUAAAUCAUAUUUUAAAGUAUUCUAACAUAACCAUUAACCAGGGUACUACAGAAUUUGUUGUAUACAUUUUUAAUUUAUUUUUGUAAUGUAUAAAUUUUUUCUCUUUGAAAAAAUAUUAACAAGAUAAUAUUUGGAGUCUAGUCAAAAAUCAGUCUGCCUUUUUGUAGGCGCCUAACAGGUAUCAUACGUGCUAUUUUAAUAUAUAACUUUUUUUUUUUUUUAACGCAAUAUGUGGAAAUUAUAUAAAUCUCAGUCUGAAGUUUAGUAUUUAAGAACAUUAUAUAAUAUGUUAAUCUCACUCCAUAUAUUCUAUGUGCAUAUUCAUCUAUAUUGAAUAACAUAAAAAAAAAAAUAAUAGGGCUAAAUGUUUUAUAAAUGUAAUAUUGGAGGCACAUAUUUUUAAAAAUUAUACCCUAAAUUGUGUGACUAUUGAUAAAUAGUGAAUCAUUAUAUUUUAAAGAUAUAUUAUCAGUGGUGUUGUCAUGUGCACUCAUGAGUACACGGUAAAGUGGCAAGUGAGUACAACCACAUUUACCACUAAAUAUAUUAUUGUAAACGAGCUUAUAGUAUUGUGUUUUAAGAAGUUUUUAUUUAUUAUUAUUUAUUACUUCUUUAGGUAUUUAAUAAGGAUUUUCUUAAAACCUGUGAUGUAAAAAUAUAAAUAACGGAGCGUGAUAAUUGUAUAUCGUUUGUACGACUUUUUUCAGCAUAACUAUGUAAAAGACAGAAUCAGUUUUAUUUUUAUAUGAAAAUUAUACUAUUUCUUAUGAAUUUCUUUAUAAUAUUAUGUCAUAUAUAUAUAUAUUAUUCAAAUUGUUAACACCGACCUUUACUCUCUUUAAAUUGUGUUUUAUAGUUUAUUAUUAUUAUUAUUUUUUUAGCUAUGUUUUGUGAUUGCUUUUUGUUGACUGGGGAGGUUGAUAAUUUUAUUUAAGAAUUAUAUGUGUACACGGAAUGCCACAGAAUGAUUCAAAUGGUUUAAAAUAAUAUUGGAUUCCACAAACAUUACAGGUCGUUUUAUUUUUCAUCAAUCUUUAAAUGUAAGGUUGGAAAAAACUUUUUUUUAACUGUUGCUGUUGCUAUUCUGUGUCGUACAUUGUAUUAUUUUAAUACUAUUACCUACAUGUUAUUUUGUGAAAUUUUAAUGUUUUAUCUUUAUGUUUAUUAUUAUUAUUUAUGUUAUUGUUUAUCAUUAAAAUACUUAAUUUUAUGUUACUUUCUUUUAUGGCUUAAUUUCACAACAAAAAAAAAAACGUUAAUUAAAAUAGAGUGUUUUGCGUAAUAAUAUAACAAGGGCUAUCAAAGAUAAUAAUAUAGCCAGUUGUUGAUUAUAAAUACGCAUAAAUUAUUGUUAAAAAAAAAAUAUAAAUAUAUAUUUUUUUAUUAUUAAAUUGUUACACUAAAUACGCUAAAUUUACUUCCAUUUAAAUUGAUGUAAUUUAUAUUAGCUUUAAACGUUGACAGUUGUGUGUAUGCUUUCCUUAGCAUCCGUAUGAUUGUUCAAUGAUUUUUGUAGAUCGCUCCACUUGCCAAAGUCGUAACAAUUUUUUUUUCUUUUUAGUAACCUUGUAAUAGCAACAAUAAUAAAUACUUAUUCCUGUGUCUGUUUACAGUUAUGUAUGGAAUAAAUAGGUUAUAUCACAAUUGCGAUCUUUGCGAUAAGAGCUUUAAAUGUGCAUCAUCGUUGUUGCGGCAUAAAAAUAAAUGUCACUUCAAAAAGUACAAAUGUUCAAUGUGUUUUCGUGUCUUCUCAAGACCUGCGUACCUGUUAUUGCACAUAUCCAAGAAAGAUUCUCCGUGUUACAAUGAGGCUCGGCUGAACUCGUUCUAUACAUAAAUACAUAAAUAUCCUGAUGGUGUGAUUUCAGCUUUUUAAUACAUUUAAAUAAUAAAGAAAAUAAUAAUUAAGUGUUUA